AUGGAGUUAAUUCAAAGGCUUGUGACCUCAGAACCAUCCUCUCCAACAAAGAGUGCAGGGGAGGAGAAGAUGGAGGUUACUUCUGAACUGCGCAGCUCAAGCUUGCAGAGCAGGGACAGUGGGUUCUUUGAAAGAGGUGUUAAAACAGUGUUAAGCAUCCGGAAGUCAAUACGAAUUCUGAGCAAAGAUAGUGGAAAGGAUGAUACUGGCACUUGGAAAGGAAAAAAACUUUUGCAAUGGUCCAAGAGCUACGAGGAGAACAAACUCACGACCUGUAAUGAUGUGGAGAAGGUCAGUGAAAACACAGAAGCAGAGCCCAUUCAAGGAAAACCUCUUUCAGUAAUGGAAAUCAAUGACCUUAUUCAAAAAAGACAACUUUUAGAAGCAUUUGCAAGUACCAAGUUAUUGGAAGAUGAGAUUAUCUCUGAACAGGAUGCUGAGAAAUACAAAGAUAACCCCCAGGAGUUUGUACGGAAAUCCAAAGAUGUGGAUUUGCUUUAUAACUCCAUCACCAACGCGAUCCACUCCAUUGUGGAGGGAACUCUAGAGGAUCCCACUGUAGAGGACACCAUGCUGACCUCCCUGGUGACUUUAAUUGCCCGUGAAGAAGAAGCUCAUCCUGAUACAGGUAAUGCUGCUUGUCCUGGGUCGGACUUGCUCGGCAGGCCCAGAAAGUGGAGGGAGGAGUGGAAGGAAGCUGUCAAAGAGAGUACUAGAAAAAGAGUCCAGAAGACACCCAUGGCAUCAAAGGAAGAAUCAAGCUCUUGGCUUGAUCUCCACUUAAUUUCACUCCAGAAACGCCUGAAGGAAGAUUUACUGAAAAUCAAGUUAUCAGUAAAAAAGUGCUAUCCAGAGGAGUACCAGGUGUGUGACACAUAUGUGGAGGCCUUUCACAAGGCCAUUGCCUCACAUUUGCAGUGUCUCUCUCAGAAAUCACUGGAUUUCAAUGAGAUCUACACCUUGCUCGACUGGAUGGCCAACACCUACCACAGUGAACUCUGUCUGGAUCACCCUGAUCUCAAACCAGAGGUUAAGACAGAAAACCUGUCCCUGCUGUUAACACCAGCUGAUUGGGAUAAGCUGAAAACCGACUACAUCAUUUUUGCAAAGGAGAAAAUCAGAAGUUAUUUUGGAAACAUCCUGAGACUAGAGGUCACAGAGAAGUGGGAAAAGGAAGUUCAUUCAGACACGGAGGAAAACCUUUACCAGAACUCGCUCUCCUUUGAUAUUCAAACGAUCAUUGGGGAGCACAUGAAGUUAUCUGGAGCUAUCAGCAGAAGCCUGGAAACAAAAAUGCUUGAGCUGUGCAUGGCAGAGCUGCUCGAAUUCAUACCAAGGUUUGAGAAGGAGUUCUCAGAAUGGAGCACUGCUCAGGACAGCCCCAUGUUUGUGCCCUAUUUUGUUGCCUACAUCAACAGCUUCCACGACCUGGUUUCAGGGUUAGAAACAGUGUUUAAAGUCAACACUGAGGAAGUGCAGAAGAUUUUGGCAGCUCUGACAAGGAACUUCACAAACAUUUUUUUAACCAAACUGAGAACAAAAGCACAGCCACUCCUUAAGAAAAUCCUGACCAAGAACUGGAUUUUGGCAACAGAAAGGCCAGACUCACUGGCCUCAACAGUCUCACAGUUCUCUGAGCACCUGCAGCACAUGAAGGAGCCCUUGGGGCAGGAGCUUCUAUGUGAAGUUCAUAAAUAUGUGGUGAAGGAAUAUAUCAGUCAGGUCAUCAAACCUAGAUGGAAAAUGAACAAGGAGACACGGCAGCAAGUGAGUGAAAAGAUGAACAUGGAAGCUGAAAUCAUUAAUAACACAUUCAUUGAUCAGGGCUCCGACUCCGACUGGCUCCUUUCUGCCAUACACCACAUUGCCAACAUCAUUGGGGAGAAGAAAAAAGACAAGAUCAAGGCGUAUGUCAAGGAGCUGUGCCAGGAUUAUCCAGAUAUCAGGAAGAAACACAUCUUGGCCAUCCUCACGCUCCGGGGGUUGGGGCGCACCAGGAGAGCGGCGAUUGUUCGUCAAGCCUGCCAUGCACUGGAAAGCUCUGAGGGAGGAGAGGGCAGCACACUCUUUGCAGAAAUUGAUGUUCCUGUGGUCGUCAGCUGCUUAUAA